CAAUCUAUGGAAGCAAGCCAUAUGUGAGAGUGAGACCCACACUUGCUUUCUAAACUAAGCACACUUUGUUCCAAGUCACUGUUCAUCUUACUUCAUCGAUAAAUUCUAGAUCCGCCACUGAUACUGUGAAGACAUUCCUGAAGACAAGAAACUCACUUGUGCUCUUCUUGUUUGUCUAAGUGCCAUCACUUGUUAGCUUGCUCGUCUUCCUGGAAUCGAUGGCCAAACACGCCAUGGUGCCUGGAGCGGCGGCAGCGCUAGGAAUGGCGCUGUUGGUGCUGCUGCUUGAGGUCGGUGUCGUCCACGGGCAGCUGCAGGAGGGGUUCUACUCCGAUUCCUGCCCGGAGGCCGAGGACACGGUCACGGCCGCCGUCCAGGACGCUGCCGGCAACGACCCCACCAUCCUCCCCGCGCUCCUCCGCCUCCAAUUCCACGACUGCUUCGUCAGGGGGUGCGACGCGUCGGUGCUGAUCAGGAGGGCGAGCAACGACGCCGAGGUGGACAACAGCAAGAACCAGGGCCUCCGCGGCCAGGACGUCGUCGACGCCGCCAAGGCAGAGCUCGAGGAGCAGUGCCCCGGCGUCGUUUCAUGCGCCGACAUCAUCGCCCUCGCGGCCCGCGACGCCGUCGCCAUGACGGGCGGGCCGUCGUUCGACGUGCCGACGGGACGGCGCGACGGGCUGACGUCCAACCUCCGCGACGCCGACGUGCUGCCGGACGCCGGCGACCCCAUCGACGUGCUCCGGUCCAGGUUCGCCGCGAGCGGCCUCGACGACCGCGACCUCGUCCUCCUCACAGCGGCGCACACGGUGGGCACGACGGCGUGCUUCUUCGUCAAGGACCGGCUGUAUAACUACCCUCUGCCGGGCGGCGGCGUGGGGUCCGACCCGUCGAUCCCAGCGGCGUUCCUGGUCGAGCUAAAGGCCCGGUGCGCGCCCGGCGACUUCAACACGCGGCUGUCGCUAGACCGCGGCAGCGAGUCCGAUUUCGACGACUCCAUCCUCCGCAACAUCCGGGUGGGCCUCGCCGUCAUCGCCUCCGACGCCGCGCUCGAAGCCAGCAACGCCACACGCGCGCUCGUCGACGCGUACCUCGGCGCCGCGGCGGGCAGGUUCGAGCAGGACUUCGCGGACGCCAUGGUGAGGAUGGGCAGCAUCGGCGCCAUCACGGGCGACGCCGGCGAGGUCAGGGACGUGUGCUCCUCGUUCAACAGCGAUUGAUUCGAUCAGCAAAUGAAAUUAUACAGUACGAGGAACAAAAUUUGUCUGAACUCUGGACUUGUUGUGUAUAUUUCUUUGGAAAGAAUGGAUUGAUCCAAAAAUUCAGUCAGAAAUUGUAGAGAAAUGU